UCUGCUCUGAACUGAAAACAGCUUGUUUGUAGUCCAGCCGCCUGUCAAUCAGGCCAGUGACUCGUACUCUUGGCACUGUGCAAAUUUAACCAGCGCCGCUGAAAAAGCUUAUCAGGAGUCGGCUGUUCACUUUCUCUGGCUGGGACAUCUCCGCCUCAUGCCUCCUCCAUCACUACCACUAUGUUGCUGGUCCUAUGAACUGGACUGAAGCUCAGACCUACUGCAGAAAGACAUACACAGACCUGGCCACCAUUGAAAACACUGAAGAAGUGAAUCAACUUAUCAACACAGUUUCCUCUUCUGGUCUCAGCUCUGAUGUCUGGAUUGGCCUGUACACUAAAAUCAACUGGAGGUGGUCAGACGGCUACACGGGGACAGGAGCUGGAUUUAGGAGCUGGCAUAACUAUGAAAACGAACCAAACUUUAAAGCAGCUUCUGAAUUCUGUGUGACCACUUCAAACAGUGGAGUUUGGUGGGAUGAUAGAUGCUCUGGACAAUUUCCAUUUAUCUGUUACAGAGGAACACAGCUGGACCCUGAAUUUGUUGCUGUGAAAGAACCAAUGAGUUGGUCCAGUGCUCAGAGUUACUGCAGGAAGAACUUCACAGACCUGGCCAAUGUGAGGAACGACACUGAGAAACUGAAGAUCGCGAGCUUGGUGCCAUAUGGAUAUGGACAUGUGGCAUGGCUCGAUGAGUGUCGCAUGUGGUGCUGCUUUGCCGAGUUCAGGAAGUUGGAAGUUUCUUCCCUGUGA